AGAAAACAGAAAGAAAGAAAGAAAGAAAGAAAGAAAAAUCGCCGGUGUUUCUCGGCGGCGGUGGCGGCGGCGGUUGUUGUUGUUUUCCCUCUCGGUGCGCGUCCGGAGCUGUCCUCGGUGCUCCAACAUGAAUCAAAGUGCAGGGGCAGCUCAGCACAGUCGGCGAUACUCCUCCGACGUAAAGGACUUGGACGUCGGGCCAGACAGGAACUGGAAGGGGAUUGGCAUCUCUCUCUUGGUUAUUUUGGUUGUCUUGUCCCUUAUUGGAUUAUCCAUUGUUCUUCUGUCUAAAGACGAUGGUGCCAAACCCUCUGGCUCUCAGCUGACAUUGGAUGACAUCUUUCAAAGAAACUUCCAAGUGCAUGAUCCUGAUGCAAAGUGGAUCAAUGAUGCAGAGAUCAUUUUUCGGACCUGGGAUGGAGAUGUUUUGAAAGGUGACAUAAAGAGCAAUGAGACAAACCUCCUACUGAAAAACACAACAUUCGUAAUAUUUAAGGCCUCAAAGUUUGCAGUUUCUCCAGAUCUAAACUUUGUUCUUCUGGGAUAUGAUGUCAAGCAGGUAUACAAGCACUCUUUCCUGGCAUCGUACUUGGUCUACAACCUCCACACUAGAGAGGUGCGGGAGCUGAACCCUCCGGAGGUUGCAGAUUCGGUGCUACAGUUUGCAUCCUGGGGCAUCCGUGGCCAACAGCUGAUUUAUAUAUUUGAAAACAAUAUUUACUAUCAAGCAAAUGUUCAAAGCAGCUCAUGGAGACUCACAUCCUCUGGACAGGAGGGGAUCAUCUUCAACGGCAUCUCAGAUUGGCUGUAUGAGGAGGAGGUGCUGCACACACCAGCGGCCCACUGGUGGUCUCCUGAUGGCUCCAGACUGGCCUAUCUCACCAUCAACGACACCCUGGUUCCCAACAUGCUCCUGCCUCGCUUCACAGGAUCUCUUUACCCCAGGGGAAAGCAGUACCCUUACCCAAAGAUGGGUCAAAUCAAUCCUUCUGUCAAACUUCAUGUUGUGACCUUAGAUGGAGGGUCUCAAACAACGGAACUGCGACCUCCUGACAGUUUUAAGAGAAGUGAGUAUUACAUCACUAUGGUGAAAUGGGUGUCAGAGGAAAAGAUGUCUGUGCGCUGGGUAAAUCGAGCUCAAAAUACAUCCAUCCUCACCCUGUGUGGCGUCCUCGUUGGGGAAUGCGUCAAGAAACAUGUGAUGACGACAGAGAAGUGGCUUGAUCGUCAGAACGAAGAGCCGGUUUUCUCCAAGGAUGGUGCUGUAUUUUUUAUCACCAUGCCCCUAAAACAUGGUGGGCAGGGGGCGUUCAACCACAUUACCAUGAUAUCCAGCCAGUCCCAGGGUCAAGAGGUCAACCUCCGCCACCUGACCUCAGGAAGCUGGGAGGUCUCUCGAGUCUUGGCCUAUGAUCAGAGCACAAACUCUGUUUAUUUCCUAAGUACGGAGGAAGGCUCAACGCAAAGGCAACUGUACAGGGUCUCCACCGUGGAUCCGUUUCAGAGAGAAUGCCUUACUUGCUCCCUCCUCAAACAGCAGUGCACCUUCUAUGAUGCUGUCCUCAGCCCGGACAACCAACAUGUUCUACUGAACUGUAGAGGCCCUGGAAUUCCCAGAACCACUCUACACAACCUAAACAAUAUGAACAGAAAUGACACUGUGGAGGAGAAUGCGGUGUUAAGGAAGGCACUGGUGUACAGGACAGCACCCAGGAGAGAGAGAAGAACCGUGCAAAUCAACAACUUCGCACUUCAUCUGGAAUUAACUCUCCCAGUAGACUUCGAUGAAACAACGCAGCAUCCACUUUUAUUGAUGCUUGACAGCGCCCCUGGCGGCCAGGUGGUGACUGACCGCUUCAGACUUGACUGGGACUCUGUGCUGGUCAGCUCAGACAGCGUCAUUGUGGCUCGUCUCGACAGUCGGGGAACCAGCUUCCUGGGACAGAGGAUUCUGCAUGAGGUCCACCAGCGCCUGGGAACCGUGGAGGUUCAGGACCAAAUCGCUGCUUUGGAGUACCUGAUCGAGCUACCAUAUGUAGAUGGCAACAAAGUUGGAGUAUACGGAAAGGCCUACGGGGGUUUCCUGAGCUCUCUGCUGCUCCUCUCCCAUGCGCCUAUGUUCAGAUGUGGCGUUGCUGUUGCUCCUGUCACAGACUGGAGACUCUACGGUUCAGCAUUCACGGAGCGAUAUUUUGGCUUUCCAGCCACAAAAGAUUACAGAUACCAGAUUUCUAAUCUGCUUGGUAACAUCACAGCACAGAUGGAUCUGAGUUUUCUUAUUAUCCACGGCACUGCAGAUGCCACUGUUCAUUUCCAGCAUUCUGCUGAGCUGGUGCAACUGCUGUCUGCAUCAAACGUUAACUACACACUGCAGAUAUUCCCGGAUGAGGGCCACAACAUCGCCUCUGUGCAAAGCCAACACUACAUGCUGAAUUCAGUCAUCACCUUCUUCAGGCGCUGUUUUCGGGAGGAGGUGGCUAUCCCACUGACAUCCAAAGACGAGGAGUAG